CUGCCACUGUCAUCAUCACCCUUUCUUCUCGUCUCUAUUAUUUACAAUAUCCAGACACAUAAUGCAACUUAUAUUUCUCUCUUCAUCUUCUUUCCCCAAAAGAAAAGAAGAAAGAUGCCAAGUCCUAAUUGGGAAUUGAGAUUGUAUUAGGAAAUUAAAUAUCUUCUGCUUUUGAUUGCAUGCUGGAUUCUCUUGAUCAAUUCCACACUUACAAAAGAGAGAGAAAAGAGAGAUGUGUCUGAAAUAGUUGUGCAGAGUUGCUCAGACAAGCAAUCCAUGGCUUAGAUAGAUAGCGACUUGGAAAAUAACCCACCACCCUCACACCACCACCACCAUCAUCAUGUAACCUCUCUUCACGAGAUUAAUUUACCACAAAGAGAAUCAAUUUUAUAUUCCUUUCUCUUUCUACAUCUCUCUGCCACCUCACUACCAUGCUCCCUCCUCAAUAAGUUUUAACAAUUUUUACACUUGUACCUCAGCUACCUUACCAUCUUCUUCGUCUGUUCCCAGGUGCAAAAGUCGCUCCUUCUCCAACCAAUAUAGCAAAUAGCUAGGAUUUCGAAAACAGACAAAUAAACCAAGACAAGAGAAUAUAACAUCGUAUCUCGCUUUUCUUCUUUUUCACUCUCCCACCCCGUUGGAGGUUUUCUUCAAAGGCACUAUGUUCCCCACGGCUAUUUCCAAUUCAACUUCUUUGUCCGAGGAUGCCAGUGUUUCUUCUGGUACAAAACUUCAGGAACUGGGAGGACUCACUCACGCUCUUUCUAACAUUUCUCCUCAACAACAACCUCAAAAGAUCAAGAAAAAGAGAAGCCUCCCUGGAAAUCCAGACCCAGAUGCUGAAGUGAUAGCCUUAUCUCCGAAGACCCUUUUGGCUACUAAUAGAUUUGUUUGCGAGAUCUGUCACAAGGGUUUCCAGAGAGAUCAGAACCUGCAGCUUCACAGGAGAGGCCAUAACCUCCCCUGGAAGCUGAAGCAAAGGAACAGUAAAGAGGUAAAAAAGAAAGCUUACGUUUGCCCUGAACCUUCAUGCGUUCACCACAACCCCUCCAGGGCCCUUGGGGAUCUUACAGGAAUCAAGAAACACUACUGCAGAAAGCAUGGCGAGAAGAAGUGGAAAUGUGAAAAGUGCUCAAAGAUAUAUGCGGUUCAGUCAGAUUGGAAAGCUCACUCAAAAACCUGUGGUACUAGAGAAUAUAGAUGUGACUGUGGAACCCUUUUUUCCAGGAAGGACAGCUUCAUAACUCAUAGGGCAUUCUGUGAUGCAUUGGCGGAAGAAAGUGCAAGACUAUCAGCAAAUCAAUUAGCCGUGGCAGCCACCACCACGACAAACCCAUUCCAAUCCCUCUUUCUUUUCCAAACCCAACAACAGAACUUCCAAAACCACCAUAUGACCAGCUUCAACCAAUGGGACUCGUCUCAAGAAAACCCUAACCCUAGCAACAUUGCCACUUCCCUCCAAAUCAAGCCAGAAUCUCAAACUUUCCACAACCCCACUCUCUCUUCACUUCUCCAACACCAAGAGCAGCCACAUCCCAACAAGGGCAUGAUAACCUCACCCUUCGGGAACCUCCACGUGCCCUCACAAGCCUCCAGCGCUACCACGUCAGCAUACAUGUCAGCCACUGCGUUGCUUCAAAAGGCUGCAUCCGUUGGAGCCGCUGCCAUGACGGGCCCAGGCCCUGCUGCUGUUGGGCCUCAGACCGCAAUGGGUCACGUGACUCAGCUCGGAACAGCGAGCCAACUCGACCCUCUGGUGGUGCCGGAUAGCUACAUAAGAGGAUUCCCCGGUCGUAGCCUCAAGAAUGACCGUCUCACUAGGGACUUCCUCGGACUCACGGCAGAAGUUAACGGCGGAGUUGACGGCGCCGCGGUUGACGUUAGCACGAACGUGAAGGAUAUGCUGACGUUCGCAGGGGGUGUAGAGUACCACCAACCGCUCCGUCAGCAUCACCACCACGCGCUUCUCAAGCCCCAACAAGCUUUCGGUUUCCUUGAGACAACCACUGCCCCCGAGACGUGGGGGAAUUGUUGACACAAACAAUAAAAUAAUUCCAUGUGACGAGGGUAAAAUAGGCAACACACAUUGCCAUAAUAACCCUCACCCUUGACUCUUCAAUCGUCAAUCUGUUCUUGUUUUAACACCUUACAUUAUUUUUUCAACCUCCUUUUAGACUUCGGGACUUUAGUUUUCAGUCUGUUCUCUCAAUUCAAAUCAACUCAACAUGCUUUAGUUCCAUUUUGUCAUUUUCCUGAAUAUUAAUAUAU